GUUACUGAUAGUAGAGCGAUGGAGGCUCAGCUAGAGCCUGACCAGAGUCCCUCAUUAUUUCCUUUUAUCUUCGCUAUCAUCGGGCUCGUGUGGUAUGUAGGUUUAUGGAGUAUCGGUCUCCUGGGAUGCAGAACAGGCCGAAGAAGGUACCGCAUGCGACCGCGGUCUCCACUCGCAACGGCGCCACCGGAUUCCAUCCCUGGUGUAUCUAUUCUGCGACCACUGAAAGGUCUGGAUGCCAACUUAUACGAAAACCUCGAGUCUACGUUCACGCAAGAAUACCCCGACUUCGAAAUCAUAUUGUCUGUCGCUGAUGAACAAGACCAAGCUCUUCCAAUUGCGAGAGAUCUCAUUUCUAAAUACCCCAGUAUUUCUGCCAGGAUAAUAAUAGGUGAAGAAGUGGUGGGGGUCAACCCGAAAGUAAACAACCUCAUUCGUUCAUACCGUGAAGCUACCCAUGACAUUCUCUGGGUUAUCGAUUCAGGUGUCUCGGUUGCACCUGGGACACUUGCGCGCUCCGUUGACCUACUCGAGUCACCCACGUACACAAGACCUCCCAAGAGGCGCGUUGCGGUCGUCCAUCACGUCCCAUUUGCAUCUGCUACAGAAGGGUUUCUCGGUUCAAGAAUUGAGGAGGCAUUCCUCAAUACCAAUCAUGCGAAGAUGUAUCUCGCAAUCAACACUGUGUCUAUCGAAUCUUGCGUUGUUGGGAAAUCAAACCUCUACCGGCGCUCUGAUCUAGAGCGAGAAUCAAACGAUGACCGGGAUUGUACCCAUGGCCUUGCUGCGUUUGGAAAAUUCUUGGCCGAAGAUAACAUGAUUGCCAGUGCUUUAUGGCACGAGCUGGAUCUCCGACACGAUUUAUCAUGCGACGUGGUGCAUAUCGCAAUCGGGAAAAUGUCUUUAUCGGACUACGUAUGGAGGCGUGUGCGCUGGAUUCGUGUACGCAAGCACAUGGUUCUUGCGGCAACAAUCAUGGAGCCCUUUACCGAAAAUCUUAUGGCUAGUUCCAUCGCUGCUGCAAGUUUGCGGUAUCUUUUUGGUAUUCCAAUAUGGCUUUUUCUGGUGGUUCACCAUGCAGCUUGGCUCUGGGUGGAUUUAGAUGUUUACGAGUCACUCGCUGGUCAUCCUCUUCCAGCAGACAGGCGAUGGUGGUUCUUCACUGCAUGGUGCCUGCGCGAACUUCUAGCAUUGCCAAUCUGGUUCUUGGCUAUGCUUGGUAAUGAGGUGAUUUGGAGAGGGAAGAAAUACGAGGUAUUACGAGCGGGAGAAGUCAAGGGGACAUCGGGCGAUGGUAAUCACGGGGGAUUGUUUAGAUUAUUUACCCGGUGGAGGCAGCAGGAUUCUCACUAUCAGCCUUUACCAAGCAAUCAUUCAGAUACAUAGCGCAUGUAUUUCGUUCAUAGCUAGCUC